AUGAGGCUGGUCCUUGUCAAACCUACCAAUGAAACAGGCCUUCUUGACUCCACCGGCGCUGCGCGCAGCGAAAGGGUGCCGGAGCAUUGCAACGCAAAGCGGCACUCGCAAUCCGCCGCAGGUGAGGGGGGGAUGCAGCAUCGGUACUCGGGAGCUGUUCAUCAGCACCACCACCACCACCACCACCACGCAGAGAACAGGGGCGUACAGAGCACAGCUGCCCCUAGACAAACCACCCCGGUGUACAGUCUGUCCGAGCCAAAAGAGAGCCAACAGAAGCUGCCCAGCCCAUUUGGUUCAGCAGCACCAGUGCAAAGCCAUGGGAGCAACCCAAGUCUGCCAGACUGUUCCAAACACUCCCUGAGUCGGCAGCAGAGCAUUCGAGGAGCUGUCACGCGAGCGGAGAGGUGGGACUCCCCGUGCAACCAGUGUCGCUUGUCAGAGUCGGGGAAUCCAAGCGCGUGGAGUGCGUCGCAAUCGGGGAGUCAGCAUCAUCGCCAACCAGAUCCUUUCGCAUGCAGCUGCGGAUUGCACGAGCAACAGCAUCAAACCCAGCGUCACAAGCCGAACCACUCGAAACCGCUCGUUUUUUGCAAUCCGACUGACGUGCAGCCGCAGCUGCAGGUCCAGCAACAGAGGUUGCUGAGGAGCAGCCUGCCCAACUGCUGCGUGUGGGGAUCCGCGGAGCUAAGAAGUCAGCAGCCCACUCUGCUGCAGCAGUUCCACUCGCGACAGUGCCAUCACGCCCGCGCGUGUACGCCGGAUAGAUGCCAGAGAGCCAGGAGCUCCGUUUCACCGCGGAGUAAAAGCAGUCCGCUCUCCUCUGACAGUCGCCUGUGGCUCGAGGAGAAUAAACACAGACACGAAGGGCAUAAGGUGAAUGCGGAUGCCAACAGGCUGAGCCAUGCUGGAUCGCGGCCUUCCCUGUCCCAUGGUGGCCCGCAGUAUCCUCAGAUAGCCAUGAACAGCUGCAAGUACAAUGGAGGCAUAAUCAGACCACUCAGCAGUCUGGGGGCAUCCCGGAAGAACCUAGCAGAGCUGGACUCUGAGACCCAGCCUUUGCAGACCCUACACACUUCUGGCCUGGAGGUGGUGGUCUCCAAAGGGAACGGGGAAGACCCAAGUAAGCAGUCCACUGAGAACCUGGUGAGGCAAAGACCAAGCAGCACUCCACAUAAGAAGAACAAGGACAUUGGCUAUAGGCUCGGGCACCGAAGGGCGCUGUUUGAGAAACGCAAACGCCUUAGUGACUACGCCCUGAUUUUUGGAAUGUUUGGGAUUGUUGUUAUGGUGACAGAGACUGAGCUCUCCUGGGGAGUUUAUACAAAGGAAUCCUCAUAUUCAUUUGCACUGAAAUGCCUUAUUAGCCUCUCCACUGUAAUUCUGCUCUGUCUGAUCAUAAUGUACCACGCACGAGAGAUUCAGCUCUUCAUGGUGGACAAUGGGGCGGACGACUGGCGGAUAGCCAUGACAUAUGAGCGGAUCCUUUUCAUCGUGUUAGAGCUCCUGGUGUGUGCCAUCCACCCCAUUCCAGGUCAGUAUGUCUUCACGUGGACUGCCCGCCUGGCCUUCACCUACACCCCAUCUGUGGCCGAUGCAGACGUGGACAUCAUCCUCUCCAUCCCCAUGUUCCUGCGGCUAUAUCUGAUUGGCCGGGUCAUGCUCCUCCACAGUAAGCUCUUUACGGACGCCUCGUCACGCAGUAUCGGAGCCCUCAAUAAGAUCAACUUUAACACACGCUUUGUCAUGAAGACUUUGAUGACUAUUUGCCCAGGCACAGUGCUGCUGGUUUUCAGUAUAUCAUCAUGGAUCAUUGCUGCCUGGACUGUGCAUGUCUGUGAGAGAUACCAUGAUAAAGUGGAAGUCACCAGUAACUUCUUGGGAGCAAUGUGGUUGAUCUCCAUAACCUUCCUGUCUAUUGGUUAUGGAGACAUGGUGCCUAACACGUACUGUGGGAAGGGAGUGUGUCUACUAACUGGAAUCAUGGGGGCUGGCUGCACUGCCCUAGUUGUUGCUGUCGUAGCAAGAAAACUAGAGCUCACCAAGGCUGAGAAGCAUGUUCAUAACUUUAUGAUGGACACUCAACUCUGCAAAAGAGUAAAAAACACGGCUGCUAAUGUACUCAGGGAAACAUGGCUAAUCUACAAAUAUACUAAACUCGUGAAGAAGAUCGACCACGCCAAGGUCCGGAAACAUCAGCGCAAGUUUCUGCAGGCCAUACAUCAAGCUCAGAAACUGCGAAGUGUGAAGAUGGAGCAAAGGAAGCUGAAUGACCAAGCAAACACGCUGGUCGACUUAGCAAAGACUCAGAAUGUGAUGUACGACCUAGUCUCAGAGCUGCAGGAGCGCAGUGAGGAGCUCGAAAAGCGGAUAGGUCACCUAGAGACAAAACUGGACUCCAUUAACAGCAGUCUGCAGGCUCUGCCUGGUCUGCUCUCACAAGCCAUACAGCAGCAACAACACCACCUGCUGGACGGGCUGACCCAGCGUGGAUUCACCCUGAUACGACCCUCCUCGCAGGCCUCCGAGCGCUCCUGGUCGUCAUCAGUGCACCGACGGCGGUCACCCUCUACCGCACCACACACGUCCUCUGACAGCGGCUAGCACGCUCGCGCACACACUCUAAAACCAACACACACACUCCCACACACACCUGUCAUCAACUAACACUGCUAAAAAUACUUUUAGUACUAAAACGUUAACAAGAAUGACAAAUUCAACACACAGAGAAACAUUUUUUAUGAAUUAACACAUCAUGGUAGAGAUAUGGUUUACGUUUAGCCAUUGUAUGGCUGUUUAAAGUUAGCUUUUUUGUAAAGCCCUUGUAUAGUAAUGGACUGGAUUUAGACUAAAGGGGGUGGAAUGGAUUUAUAUGAAGGUAUAGUUUGAAAAAGAGCACUGAAUGGAAUUGAACCAAUGAAAAUGAAAGGGAAAAUGUGAGGAAGAGGAAGUCACCAGAAAGACUUCCUGUCCAUGACAGUGAAGAUGUAGGCUGAAGAUGUUCGGAAUGGAAUACUAGCGAACCAUUUACUGAAUGCUGCACAGUACACUGUGUACUGCCUACCACGUUUUAAACAAUAGCAUGUUACAUUGUUGUCAUAUGACAUCAGCACAUUGCUUGUGAGUUGCGUCAAGUGUGCUUUGUUGUAUACUGCACAUUUUGGCUAAUGUAGUAGAUCAUCUGGGUGUUCUGUGCAAUUGAUUAAUUUGCAUACAGUGCACAGUAUACAUUACAUAUUAUGUACUGCAGGAAUAGUAAGAGUAGUAUGUUAGUAUGCCAUUCCGAAUAUAGCCUUAGAGCUGAUGGGGCCUUUGGAAGACCAACGGGUGGGUGGUUGAAAAUGAAUGUUUCACAUUACUAGAUUCAAAGUUAAUAAUGUAAUUUUAAUAAUAAUAAAAAAAUAAAAAUAAAAAUAAAAAUAAAAAAAGCGAUCAAAUAAAACAGUGUUGCCAAAUGCAAAUUUUUGUUUUUGCAGUCCAAUUAGACUGAUCAGUUUUUCAUAAAUCAUGCUUCAAAAACUUUCCUUAUCUCAUUCUGACCAUAAAAAAGUUCUUGGCAGAUAAUAAGCAUUUUCAUAAUAGGAAUAAACAAUAAAAUGCACAAACAAAAUGUUGUGCUGUGAGUGCAUUAGGUUCCCACACUUUUUGACCAAUGAAUUUCCAUGACAUUUCCAGUUGAUUGUAACUAAUUGAUGAGGAUUAAAAACCAUUCAAAAUUUACUAAUGAAUCAUUCAGACCAAUUUGUGAACCAAUUCAACCAAUUCUCUGAAAAGUACCAACUAAAAAGACUGUUUCGCUCACAAAUCAGACAUCACUAUGGUUUGUGAGCAAGUUUUACUCAACACAAGAGCAAUAUUUAGCCCAUGAAAUCUUUUAGAGCAGAUCAGAGUUCUAGAAAAUGUAGAAAUCUCCAUGACAUAUAGGGAUUGUAUACCUUUCCCUGAAUUUUAUAAGCAUGGGAAACACAAUUUUAAAGGGAAUGUUCACCCAAACAUGAAAAAUUCUCACAUCAUUUUCUAUAAAUCUCCACUUUUACAUUCGUUCACAUUCUGAAAGUGAAAGUGGAGAUUUAAAGUAAAAAUGGACUUAAAUAUUGAUCUUUUUCUCACCCAUGCCUAUCAUAUCGCUUCUGAAGAUAUAGAUUUAACCACUGGAGUUGUCUGGAUUACUUUUAUGCUGCCUUUAUAUGAUUUUUUGGAGCUUCUAAGGCCUGGUCACCAUUCACUUGCAUUGUAUGGACCAACAGAGCUGAGAUAUUCUUUUAAAAUCUUUGUUUGUGUUCUCCAGAAAAAAAGAAAGUCAUACACAUCUGGGAUGGAAUGAGGGUGAGUAAAUGAUAAGAUAAUUUUCCUUUUUGGGUGAACUAUCCCUUUAAAAUUCCCUGAUAUUUCCAGGUUUUCCUUCUCAGUGGGAACCAUGUGUGCAACUUCUGUUAAGGCUACACAACUGUCCUUCCAGCGACUUUUUCAUGUUUUUCAGACAACUUUACAUGAAUCACAUAAUAUAUUGUCAAUCACCAUCUUGUAUGAUUUAUUCAUAUAGGCAAAGUUUCCAAAGGCCCUGACAGCUUUUUUAGUUCAGGCAAUCUAGAAGGCAGCCUGGGGAUAUGACAGAACAGACUGGACAAAAGGAAAUACACCCCACCCCCUUGCAUGUUUCAAUGCAAAUGAUGAUGGAGCUAACCAAUAGGACUGUUUUCUCUUAAUUUUUUCUCUGUUCUUUUCUCAUUUUUUACAGAGAUUCCUUUUUUCUUAUUUACCUAGAUUUUUUAUAGCUUGUAGAGGAUAUGCACUGAUGUUCCUGCAGAGUGGCAGCAUAGUUCAAACAUGAGUUCCUUGAUUAAAUAAGAAAACAAUUCACCUUAACGAGAUGUAGAAAUUAACAAGUGGAGAUGAAUCCCACACUUUUCAUGAUCAAUUACAUGAAAUUAAUUGAUUUGGUUCCCAGUUCUGCGUUUAGAAUGAAAAACAUCAAGAUGUGAUUGUCUUUACAGGUUUAAAAAACAGCAAACUGCCUUUACUGUGUGUGUUUGGCCUUGUUGGCCAAGCUGUAGCAGAUUUACAUAAUGCUGGGCUCCAAUAUAAAGAAAUAAAUGAA